AUGGAGAUAUAUGAGAAUGAAGAUGAACUCUAUCAUCAUGGUAUAAAAGGUCAACAUUGGGGGAUUCGACGUUUUCAGAAUUCUGAUGGAAGCCUUACGCCUGCUGGUAAAAAGCGAUAUAUGAAAGAUGCUAAGUUUCGUGCAAAAGUAGAUCGAAACAAGCAGAUAGCAGAAGCUAAAAAGAGAGAAAAAGAAGAAACUGCGGCCGAAAGACACGCUAGACUUCUUAAAACUUCUGAUGCAAACGAAUUAUAUAAACAUAAGUCAGAACUUACAACAGAAGAGAUUCGAGAAAGAAUUAACCGAAUUCAGGUAGAACAGCAGCUCGCUCAGUAUGUUAAAAAAGAACCUUCGAAAAUAGACAAAAUUUCCAAGAAAGUCGACAAAAUGAUGAGCGUAGCUAAUAAGGUCGCAGCUUUUGCUGAUUCGAAAGCCGGUAAAAUGGCUAUAGCUGCAGUCAAGAAACAGCUCGGCGUUAACGAUCAGCCUACUAAGGUUACAAACUAUAAAGAGUUUCUUAAUAACAUUAACCGUAAGUCUGAUAAGGAAGUUAAAGCAAUGCUACAGCGAGUUAAAGAUGAAAAGUCUAUGCGUGAAACCAUUGCUAAUAAUACAGCCGUGCCUAAAUAUUACGGCGAAUUCCGAGAAGCUGUACUACGAGGCGAGAUCCCAGUAAAUGAAAAGAUCUCUAUGGAAAUGAAUCGUAUAGAUGAUCUCAUCAGAAACGAGGGAAUUUACUAUGACUCGGAAAAAGUUGAGGGAUUUAUUCGUUAUUGCGAAGAUGAACUCACGUUAACAGACGGAUCAGACGUACAUCUCUUACCGUCUUUUAAGUUAUGGGCAGAACAAGUAUUAGGCUGGUACUACUUUGUUGAACGAAGUAUAUUUGUACCAGGUAAGAAAGGCAAACCAGGACACUACAUAACUAAAAGAAUAAGAAAGCGUCUUAUCAAUAAACAAUAUUUAAUCGUAGCUAGAGGCGCUGCAAAAUCUAUGUACGCAAGCUUCUUACAUAACUAUUGGUUAAAUGCUGUAACUUCUACAACACACCAAAUCACGACAGCUCCAACAAUGAAACUCGCUGAAGAAGUAAUUUCUCCUAUGCGAACAUCCAUAAUAAGAGCUAAAGGACCACUAUUUAAAUUCCUAACUCAAGGUUCAUUACAGAACACGACAGGCUCAAAAGCUAACAGACAGCAAUUGGCCUCAACUAAAAAGGGUAUAGAGAAUUUCAUGACUGGUUCUUUAUGUGAGAUUAGACCUAUGACAAUAGAUAAACUUCAGGGUUUACGAUGUGUACUUGCUACUGUGGAUGAGUGGCUUUCUGGAGACAUUCGAGAGGAUGUAAUCGGAGCUAUUGAGCAGGGUGCAUCUAAAAACGACGAUUAUCUUAUUGUUGCGAUCUCAUCUGAAGGAACUGUUCGAAAUGGAGCGGGUGAUACCAUCAAAAUGGAAUUGUAUGACAUCUUAAAAGGUGAAUAUUACAAUCCUCAUGUAUCGAUUUGGUGGUACUGUCUUGAUUCUAUUGAUGAAGUUGCAAAUCCAGAAAUGUGGGUAAAAGCCAAUCCGAACAUCGGUAAGACCGUUACAUAUGAGACUUACCAAUUAGAUGUUGAACGAGCAGAAAAAGCACCAGCAACACGCAAUGACAUUCUUGCUAAACGAUUUGGAAUUCCAAUGGAAGGCUACACAUACUUCUUCACAUAUGAAGAAACCUUACCACACAGAUUUAAAAAGUUUAACAGAUUACCAUGUGCAAUGGGUGCUGAUAUGUCAAUGGGUGACGACUUUUGUGCAUUCACAUUUCUCUUUCCAUUAUCAAAUGGUUGCUUCGGCGUAAAAACUCGUUGUUAUAUUUCAGAAUUAACACUUCACAAACUCCAACCAGCUUUGAGAUUUAAGUAUGAAGAAUUCAUGAAAGAAGGAAGUUUAAUAGUGCUUGAUGGCACAACUCUUAACAUGAUGGACGUGUAUGAAGAUCUCGACAAUCACGUAGCAGAGUGUGACUAUGAUGUUAGAACCCUUGGUUUCGACCCAUAUAACGCAACUGCUUUCGUAGAUCGCUGGGAAAGAGAAAAUGGACCGUUUGGUAUCGUAAAAGUAAUACAAGGUGCUAGGACCGAAAGCGUUCCUCUUGGUGAAUUGAAAAAAUUAAGUCAGGAAAGAAUGCUUUUGUUCGACGAAGCCAUCAUGCAAUACUGUAUGGGUAACUGCAUAACCCUGGAAGAUACAAACGGUAACCGAAAACUCUUUAAGAAACGCUACGACGCCAAGAUAGAUAGUGUGGCUGCCUUAAUGGAUGCUUACGUAUCUUAUAAAACUUGUCCAGAAGCGUUUGAAUAA